AACACGUCAUUCAACAUUGAUAAUUGGGUAAUUAUUAUUAAUAACGUUGUGAUUGUUGUAAUAAUUUUUUCUUCAAGUAGUUUGACAAUUUAUAUUCUCACAUCAAUUAACUGUCUUGUUAUUUAUAUUAUAUCAAUUAUUAAUCCGGAAUUUGAAUAGAGAUAAUAUUCUAAAUUCAAAGACAUUCUUUGAUUAUAUAAAUAACAACAAAUAACCAGUUUAUUUAAAAAAUCAUCAACAUGAGCUACGGUUAUCAGGGUCCACCAGUUGAGCCGUUCCCAGGUCAGAGGCCACCAACAUCAUUUGGGGCACCUCCAGGAGCUCCAUCAGCUCCUGGUGGCCCUCCUUAUCCACAACCCACAGGUGGAUAUGGUUAUCCACCAUCUGGUGCACCACCAUCAUCAUUUGGUUGUAUGCCAACACCAUUUUCACCUUAUCAAAAUAUUAAUCAACAAAUGCCCAUGCCAUCAACAAAUUCAACACCUUAUCCAAUUCACGGUGGUGUACCAAUGCCUGGAUAUCCUCAACAACAAAAUACAGGUUAUCCACAAGCACAUCAACCAAAUCCUGGUUAUCCACAAGCACAAAAUCCAGCUUCUAUUUAUUCUCAACAACAACCAGCUCAUAUUUAUCCUCAGCAACAACAAAAUUUUGCUCAUCAACAGUCUGGAAAUUAUCCAAAAAUUCCUCAAACUUAUCAAAAUUCUCCACAACAUCAUACAUCACCUUAUCCAACACAACAAAAUCAUUCUUAUUCAUCACAACCACCAGCUGAUUUUCAAAACAGUGGUGUGUGUUAUCCUGCUGGUGGUGGUGGUGGUACAGGAGGCCAACACAAUGUCAAUCCAAUGAUGUCCAAUUCGUAUAACAAUGUCCCAUACGGUAGAAUGACCCAAAAAAUGACUACUCAACAAAAGGUGUCACCAACAGUUGUUCCAUAUCCUGAUUUUGAUCCUAGAGAAGAUGCUGAAGUUUUGCGAAAAGCCAUGAAAGGAUUUGGAACAGAUGAAAAGUCAAUAAUCAAUGUGAUUUGUAAUCGUACCAAUGAGCAACGACAAGAAAUUGCAAAUCAAUUUAAAACACUUUAUGGAAAAGAUUUAAUCAAAGAUCUUAAAUCUGAAUUGUCUGGAAAAUUUGAAGAUUUGGUUGUUGCAAUGAUGACACCAUUGCCUCAAUAUUAUGCAAAAGAACUUCAUGAAGCAAUGGCUGGUAUUGGAACAGAAGAAGGUGUUUUAACUUCUGUCUUGUGUACCAUGUCAAAUCAUGAAAUUCGAGUUAUUCGUAAUGCUUAUGAAGUGAUGUAUGGCAAAAGUUUGGAAGAUGAUUUACGUGAUGAUACAUCUGGAAGUUUUAAACGUUUAAUGAUAUCACUUUGUUGUGCAAAUCGUGAUGAAACAUUUAAUGUUGAUCAAGCUGAUGCAUUAAAUGAUGCUAGAAAAUUACUUCAAGCUGGUGAAUUAGUUUUUGGUACUGAAGAAUCUGUUUUUAAUUCAAUUCUAGUACAACGUAAUAUACCACAAUUGAAACAAAUCUUUCAAGAGUAUGCUAAUAUAACUGGGCAUGAUAUACAAACAGCUAUUGAAAAUGAAUUUUCUGGUGAUAUUAAAAAGGGUCUUCUUGCAAUUGUUAAGAUUGUUAAUGAUCGUGCUGGAUUUUUUGCUGAACAAUUAUACAAAAGCAUGGCUGGAGUCGGAACUAAUGACAGAACUCUUAUUCGUUUAAUUGUCACACGUUCAGAAAUUGAUAUGGGUGAAAUAAAACAAGCAUUCAGUCUUCAAUAUGGAAAAUCUCUUGAAGAUUUUAUAUCUGAUGACUGUUCAGGACAUUACAAAAAAUGUCUUUUGGCAUUAAUUUCAUAAAAAAUCAUCAACAACAUUGGCAGCCUAAUAAAAGCAUUUAAUCAGAUACUAAAAAAAAAAAAAUACAACUGGAUCCUCUCUGAGAAAAUUUUAAAAAUAAACCCAGUGAUAUAAUUAUUAUAAAACUUGAAAAAUAUUUUAAAAUUCUUGCCUGGAAUAAUUAAGUAUAAAAAAAAAAAAUUUACCAAUGAAUGUUUUGAUAAUAUUCAACUAUAUUUUUGCGAAAAGUUUUGUUAAAAAAAACAUGCCAAUAUAAGAAAUAUUUUAUUAAACAAUAUACAUAUAUUUUUUCAUUCAUUUUAUGUUGGAAUGUUCUAAUUUUUUAUGCCAGUUUUUGAAAAACGAAUUAUUAUAUUGAUAGUUUUUUCUCAAUGCACUCACUGCUUGAACUAAAACAUUGUAAAGGGUUUUUUCGGUGUUAAAAUAAAACAAAAAAAAUUAAAUAUCAA